GCGGGGUCCACCCACUCCUGCAGGGACCGCGGCGAGCAGCUGACAUGGCGAACCUCAAGACGCUGAUGGUGCUGGCCCUGGUGGCCGCGACUGCGCAGGCCAGCGCCGACACGAGCCCCGGCCCGAUGGAGCAGGCGGCGAGCCUCGCGGACGAGCUGGUGCGCAACAUCUCGUCGUGGUGGGGCGUCGAGGCGCCCAGCAGCAACGACGUGAUGCGCCACAUCACCACGCUGUCGGACACCAUCGCCACCAAGCUGUCGGGCGUCGUGCGGACCAUGCAGGACGAGAUCCAGGCGCACUCGGGCCAGAUGUCGCAGGCGAUGCAGACGGCGUCCACCAACCUGAACCGCACGAUCGCGGCGCUGCGGUCGCCGGAGAACCAGCAGCGCGUGGAGGACCUGCGCGCGCACGUGUCGUCGGGCCUGCAGACCAUGGCGCGCGAGGCGGCGCGCGUGAAGGAGGCCGUGGCCGAGGACACGCAGGGCGUGCGCAGCGAGGUGCACGAGGUGUGGCAGGAGGCGGUGCGGGCGGCGGAGCGCCUGAGCCAGCGCGUGCAGGACGCCAUCCAGCAGCACCGCGCCGAGCACGGCGAGCCCCAGGCCUAGCCCUAUACCCCCUUCCUCGAGGGGAGUUGCACUCACAACACUGGCAGACACGCAGUUCCUGACUGCAGGCCGUCGUGCUUGCGGGCGUGACGGGAACCAAUAUUCCAAAAUAAUUACACAAAUACAUUACAAAUUUGUUAUAAUACUAGUAAGUAUAUGUGUUUAGAAAUCAUAGCUGUCGUAUUGAUAAUUAAGAUGAUCUAUGAAAAUAUUGUAAGAAAAUGGAUUGACUGUCCUUGCGGUAUGUUGCAUAUAUUUUAUACUUGUGAUUAUAUCGAA